UGGAGAAUGUGGAGUUGGUGACGUUCCACACCUGGUCGCGAGCUUUGCGAUGAGCGUUUAGAGCCGCGGCGUUAGCCGAGAUAGAAAAGGGAAGGAGGCGACACCGAUUGUGACUGAAUGUGGAGGUGUUGGAAGGAUAGUGAUGACAUCACGAUUUCGUGUACUAGGUGGGAGGACAAACCACAUACGUGCUUUUGAGAUACCAAGAGACAAACAUCGGUCAGAGGUCAUCUGCAAUGUCCAUUUCCUGGAUGGCAGUUUGCAGAGUUUCAAAGUCAAUAAACAAGAUGCUGGUCAAGUUCUGCUGGAUAUGGUCUAUAAACACCUGGACUUGAUUGAAAAGGAAUAUUUUGGUUUACAAUUUAUGGAUGAUUCAAUAGAAUGUCCUAGGUGGCUUGAACCUAGCAAACCUAUCAGGAAACAGCUUAAAGGAGGCGCACUAAAUUUCCGAGUGAGAUUUUUUGUAACAGACCCUAAUGCUCUGCAGCAAGAACAGACAAGGCACUUGUAUUUUUUACAACUGAAAAAGGAAUUUAUUGAUGGAAGAUUACCUUGUCCUCACAAUAAAGCAGUCUUACUUGCUUCCUAUGCAGUCCAGUCUGAACUUGGAGAAUACAAUCCUUCUGAGCAUCAUCCUGGCUAUGUGGAAAACUUCCAAUUUAUAUCUGAUAAAAACCAAGAAUUUCAAACCAACGUGAUGACCUUGCACAAACAACACAGAGAUCUUAAACAAUCGGAAGCAGAACUUGGUUAUUUAAAUAGAGCAAAAACCCUUGAAUUUUAUGGCGUGGAAUUGCACAACGCAAGGGAUCAAGGCAAUUUAGAGAUAAAGAUUGGGAUUUCAUCUGAAGGACUGCGUGUCUAUCGAAAUAUGGCUCGGAUCAGUUUUUAUCCCUGGGUAAAUAUAACAAAGAUUUCUUUCAAGAGGAAACGUUUUUUCAUUCAACUAAGGCAAAAACCUAAUGAAUCUCAGGAGAGUGUUGUUGGAUUUAAUAUGCUUAAUUAUAGAGCAUGUAAAAUCCUUUGGAAAUCAUGUGUAGAGCAUCACACAUUCUUUCAAGCGAAGAAGCCACUACCUCGGGAGAAAAAAAUACUCUCAAACUAUUUUACACUUGGCUACAGAAACCAGAACAGAACUAUCAACAAUCAGUUCUGUCAUCGUGUCAUUGGUGGCAUGGUCUGGAAUCCAAUAUUAAGAAAAUCUGUGUCAGUUGAACAGUUAGAAACCAGAAGCUUGCCUUCUCGCUCCCCACCAUCUACACCUGAUUGGCCAAGUCCAAGAUUAAGACAUGAUGCUCAAAAGCCACGGCAUUCUUCCGUAGAUAACCUUGCCACUGAGAUGGCAUAUAUCACAGAGAGUGAAGAAGUGUUUUAUAACUACAAGGCGAACGUUCCAGCCAUUGCAAAUAAAAAUGAUAUGGAGCCCUGCCCGAAACAUGCAUCGCACAGCUGGUCAGAGGAACAACAAUCACCAAAGAUAGUUACAGGGGAUGAAAUGCAACAACAGUUCUCUCAUUGCAUCAAAAGACAACGGCGAUCAUUCACACAUUCGGUGAAUGGCAUAGACACAAUUGUACCAAGUGAUGAUCACCUAUCUGUGUCUAUUUCUCACCCAUUGGAUGGUGUUGACUUGCAGUUUCUUGAGACCUAUGGAUUUAAGGCACCAAAUGUGGAUGAAACAACCCCCUGUCAAUACUACUGCGAUGACCAGACUAAUCUGAUAAACACUGAUAAUGGCUUGCUUUGGGUUCGAAUGAUACCUGAUGAAGAAGGAAGGUUUGGCUUCAACUUAAAGGGUGGAGUUGAUCAGAAAAUGCCCCUCAUUGUGUCAAGAGUAAGCCCAGGAUCACCGGCUGACACUUGUGUGCCCAAACUGAAUGAAGGGGAUCACAUCCUGUUGAUUAAUGGCAGAGACAUCUCUGAACAUACUCAUGACCAGGUUGUUAUGUUCAUAAAAGCAAGCAGAGAGUCACACUCCAGAGAGCUUGUAUUGCUGGUCAAACGAAAAGUUGCAAGCAGUCAUAGCGAGGACAAGGUGGAAGAGGAAACAGACUUCCAGUGUUUUCCAAAUAAUUCUAUGCAUUCCUCAUAUCCUGAAUAUGGUGAUUCAUUAGAAGAAUCCAUGAUUCAGCUUCGAAAAGGACUUGAAAGUGGAGCUAUACUUAAUCAGUUUGAUCAACUGUACAGGAAAAAACCUGGAUUAGCUGUCACGUGUGCAAAAAUGCCACAAAAUAUGGACAAAAACAGAUACAAAGAUGUAUUACCAUAUGAUGUUACAAGAGUUGUAUUGGAUGGAUCAGAAGAUUACAUUAAUGGAAAUUAUGUAAAUAUGGAAAUCUGUCAUACCAUUAUCCUAAAUAAGUAUGUAGCAUCUCAAGGUCCACUUCUACAUACCUGUCCACAUUUUUGGCAAGCAGUUUGGGAACAAGGAUCAUCCUUAAUUGUCAUGCUAACAACACUUACAGAAAGGGGACGGGUGAAAUGCCAUCAGUAUUGGCCAGAUCCUCCAGAAGUAUGCAAAUAUGGCAGCUUUCAGGUCACAUGUCACUCAGAGGAUUGUAGCAUUGCCUACGUUUUCAGAGAAAUGACACUUACUAACUUAGAGACGGGUCUAGAACGUGCUGUCAGUCAUCUUCAGUACAUAGCAUGGCCUGAUCACGGUGUCCCUGAUGACUCAACGGAUUUCUUUGACUUUGUGACUUGUGUGAGACAGAAAAGAAUCGGAAGAGACAAUGAGCCAGUUAUUGUUCAUUGCAGUGCUGGAAUUGGUCGAACUGGUGUCCUUAUUGCCAUGGAGACAGCAAUAUGUUUAAUUGAAAACAGCCAACCUGUAUAUCCACUGGAUAUUGUUAGAACAAUGAGAGACCAGCGAGCCAUGAUGGUACAGACAUCGAGUCAGUACAAAUUUGUAUGUGAAGCCAUUCUACGUGUUUAUGAGGAAGGUUUAAUUCGACCAUUGGAAGCGUGCCAGGCUGCAAAUUAACUGUGCCUCUUAUUCCAUGAAAUCAGAACAGCUUUGAACUGGAAAGUACUACAGUUUUCUACACUGUAGGACAAUACGGUAUAACUUUAUACAAAGUCAAUGUAUAAAUGUAUGUAUACACAGGAAGUGAAGUUACGUAUUUGGCCCUUCUGAUUAGAUUAAAAUUUAAUGAAUCUUCAGACAUUGUAAGUAAGUGAAUUAAGAAUAAUUAAGAAGUACAACAGUAAUACUGCAAUUCAGUUGAUCCUUUAUAAAGCUUCAUACAAAAAAGGGUGACCUGUUUUAGUAGAGGGUCCAAAUUUUAAAUCCCAGCUUUGACUUGGUAUUCAGGCCUGUCUGUCCUCAUAGGACAUUAUAUUUUUUAAUCAGUUCUUAAAAUGACCUAGAAUGGACUCCUGUAUGCUUUCAGGCCAAGGGAAAAUAUCAUGGAUCCAGUCCCACCCCUCCCCCUCCCCCCACAGAAUUAAUGCAAAGCCACAGUGUGUGGAACUUCUGACACAAGGAGGGAACAAUGAAAAGUAAGGUGAUUCAACUUGUCAAACGUCACAUUAUUAGGUUUAUUCAGGUUAAAUUAAAUGUUUUGUAGAUUAUAUUUUUGAAUAUUUAAAAUGCAGCUGCUGGAAGUUGUGGAAAAUCAAUAAUUCAGAAUGAUCUAAGAUGCGGCCACUUCCCAAUGUUGCAGUAAGAGGCAUUGAUUGACUGCUUGUCUUUUUGGUGGCAUUUGCCUUUUUGGUGGUGGCUGUCUUUUUGGUGUUUUUAGUUUAUGGUACAGUACAGUUUGGUAAUCUCAAAUGUAGUUUAGCUUAUAGUUUUCUUAGCAAAUAUGUUGCAAUGAGUUUUGCAUGUGGUACCACAUGCAAAUAAUUACAAGUUUGAGAAAGCUCUUCAUCUUAGUGCUGUAAUUUUGUACAACUUCAUGUUACAAAUGCAUUCAGUUGCAUUUGUAACUAGGUUCUCUGUUGAUGAUUACUCCAGUUUGCUGUGGUUCUGCUGAGGGUAACAUUGUUAUGCGGUGAAGCCCCUGUUUACAUACAUGAAAUGGGUUUGUCAAAUUUGAAUCUCAUUUUCUAGUAGCCUAUGAUACACAACAUUGAAAGGCAUAUUAAAUAUUACCAGCCAGGCCGAGCCCCUUCCUGGCCCAUAGGGAGAACAGAGCUAUUUGGAUGGGAUGCAUAAAAGUUGAUGAUAACAUGUAGAACCAUGGAAAAGUUACAGCACAGAAGGAGGCCAUUCGGCCCAUCUUGCCCAUGCUAACCUGAGGACACCCAGGUGCCCUUUCUAAUCCCACCUUCCUGCACCCGGCCCAUAGCCAUGCAGCUUACAGCACUUAAGGUGCAGAUCCAGGUACUUUUUAAAAGACUCCCCCAUUAAAACUGUUCCAUGAAACACUUUGUACGGUGCCGGUAAAGGAAAAGCAGUUUGUUACUUUCAUUGUUUCAGCAAUUUUAAAAUUCAAUUUAAUUUUUUUAAAUUACUUGAAUUGUAAUUAUUAUACACAGUAAUAGAAUAAAGCAGUAUUGUUAUGAAAAUAUAAUGGAUUCACUGUAGGAUUAGUGCCAUUUAAAACAACAUUUGUUAACAUCUCAAACAAAUAACUGUUCUAAGUACAGAGUCAUAACCAAAGAUGCUAUAUUGAACACAUUUUCACCUCAAUUUACACAAACUUGCAUUUCAUCAUUUCCAUUCUAAAAGGUCACAAGAACCAAAGUCAUCUUCUAAUACUGCUUAGUACUGCCUCAUACUUUCCAAAAGAUCCUGUGCUAGGUUUUGUAAUUUGAAGGAAAGAGCUUUAUGCAAUACAGUUCAUGCGAUUUACACUGGGCAUGAGGGGGAGUGUUACUAUGCAGGAAUCAUUAGUUUACCCAUAUGUACCCUUAUCUGUUUUUGCUUCAUUAUGUAUGUGUUAUUUAUUUGCACAGUUUAAAACUGUUGAAACGCAGAUGCACAAUUGCUGCUGUGAUAUUUCAGAAAGUGUGUUCAUAAAUUGAGCAGCAAGUUUGGUUUGUAAUAUGUAAUUUACUUGAUUCCAACACUGCCAUUGGCCCUUAAGCUACACUGAUGUGAGACUUUCCCCACAAUCCUGUCUGAAAUUAGGUGGAAUAGUGGCAGUAAAGGGAAACCAAUUGAUUUGUGAUUUACUGCCAACUGACUGUCCCAAUCUGACUUCACCAUUAUCUCCCCUUCCCAGGAUCAUUGCUGGUCCCUCUUUCUGCACUCACCACAUGCAAAUGCUGGCAAAGUCCAGGUUAAUGACUCAUUUCCUUUCUGUCCACCCUCAGUCCCUGCAGCUAUCUAGGGCUACCAGGUGUGCCAUGAUGGUGGACCUGGGGCAGCAGUGGAAAUAGCUCCAGAUCCUCCCUCAGUAGAGGCCUCCUCUUCCUUUGGUCAGUUACCUGCUGAAGGCCUCAAUUUCAGCUAAGGUCUCUAAGGAAUUAGCCAGUCCCAUCUUCAGGACUCUGUAGCCUAUUUAAUUAUGUCUUCUACCUCUUCAGUUGCUGCACUAAUAGGCUGUCUGGUUACAGAUGAGGAUUCCAUUGGGCAAUUGCCAUGAAUACCUACUCAACCCUUGACCCCAGAAAUUGGUCCAGGGUUGUGGUAGCAGGUGGAAUUCUCACCCUGAGCCUUUAGAGACAGGAUCAGAAAAACCCAGCUGGUGAUUUUUGAUUUAUUUUUCCUCCUAAGGUAAGUUAUUUUCUGGAUUCUGCAUUCCUUUUUGCAUUACUAUGUCCUCUUAUUCUUGAUAUUUUAAUAAAUUUUCAGUAUGUUUUCCCAUGAGUUUAAUACCCUUCCUAUAAUGAUGUGUCCAGAUUUGCAUGCUUCAACUGUGGAGAAAAAACUAAAUUCAUCAUCAUUACAUAGGAAUAGGAAUAGGUCAUUCCUCCGUCAUUCAAUAAGAUCAUGGCUGAUCUGUAUGCUUCAACUCUCAUUUCCCUUGAUAUCCUUAGCUAAUAAAAAUCUAUUGAUCCCAGUCUUGAAAAUUUCUGUUGACCUUACACCCAUAGCCUUUUGUGGGAGAGAUUUCCACUACCUUAUGUGAUAAAGGGCUUCCUGAUUUCACUCCUAAAUGGCCUAGCUCUAAUUUGAAUAUUUUGCUCUUUUGUUCUCGAUUCUCACACCAGAGGAAAUAAUUUCUCUGUCAUACCCUAUCAAAUCUGUUUAUUAAUUUUAAGACCUCAAUUAGAUCUCAUUCAACCUGCUCAACUGAAGGGAAUACAAACCCAAGUUUUGUACCUGUACUCAUAUUUGAACCCUUUUAACAAUUGUAACAUUCUAAUGAAUCUGCACUGUACCCCAACAAAGAAUAAUUUAUAUUUACUGAUGUUUGGUUCCCAAAACUGAACUCUCAACUUCAUAUGGGGUCUGACCAAGGUUCUGUACAACUGAAGCAUUGCUUCCUCAACUAUUUUAUUCCAGCCUGUGAUAAAGGCCAAAAUUCCAUUAACCUUUUUGAUGAUUCCUUCUUUUGGUAUUCAUUGUUCUUAUGAAUAAACCCCAUUUUUCAUUUGCCAUUUUUUGUAGCUUUUUCUACUUGCACUCCCACCUUUGGUGAUCUAUGCACCCCUCUAAAUAUUUCUAUUUGUACAAUCCGAUAAAAGCUUAUUAUCUAGCACGUAUUUGCUCCACAAUUCUUUCUCCAAAAUAUACUACACCCCAUCUCUCUGUAUUUCCUGUUGCUAGCGCAUUUUAUCUCCCUGCUGCUCCAUCUGCAUUCCUCAAAGUUUGCAAUAGCUGCUAAUUUGGCCUCAUAAGCAAGCUUCAGUAUCAUUCGUUUAAAGUCUUAUGUUAAAAUCAUUCCAGUAAAUAGAAAACAAGAGGCCCUAACACAUCUCUGUAUUCUACACCAAGAAAAGACUCAUAGUCCUAUAAUUUCUUGGUUUAUCCCUUCCUCUUCUACAAAAUAAUGGAAUAAUAUUUGUCAAAUUCCAGCUUCUAUUUCCCAAGAUAUUUGGAAAACUAUAUUUAGUGCCUUAUCUAUCUCUUUCAUAACCUUGUCCAGGAUUCUGGGGGGCAAAUAAUUUGGAUCUAGUAUUAUCAGGUUUCAGUUUCAUUAACUUUUUUUAAGACAGCCCUUUUGCAUAAUGCUUCACCCGCAUCCUUCUAAGAUAACCUUUGUCAUCUUUCACUGUAACAAAAAAAAACAAUUCAUAAUACUUUAUAGAGAUCACUACCAGUUCCACUUUCUGAAGAGCUAGAAACUCCUUCAUGGAACUCUCUUCCGCUAACAGUAGUUGAUGCAAGGUCAUUGGUUAAUCUGAAAUUUAUAGUUCAUGCAGUUGAGGAAAAAUUAUUGAUAUGGUUAGGAGAUUGUGUUUAUGCUCUCUCAAUCUUCCUUCAGCCCUACUUCAUUUAACAUCAUCAACAUAUUUUUGUAUUUCUUUCCCCCUAGUUUGGGACAGUGCAUCUUUGCUUGUCUUCUUAACUACUCCUCAUGGUAGCUAGUUGCAUUUUCUAACUAUUUUUUGGGUAAAGAAGAUGUUGCUGAGUUCCCUAUUAGCUUGAGUGACUAUCUUAUAUUUAUGGCAUCCAGUUCAGAUCUCCCUGGCAAUUGGGAAUAUUGUGUCUCUGUCUAUUAAACCCUUUCAUAAUUUUAAAGACUUGUAUCAGGUCACAUCUCAGUCUUCCAUUUCCUAGAAAUAAGACCCCAACCUAUUUAAGGUAUAACCUCUCAGUUUUGGUGUCAUUCUAGUAAUUUUUUUUGCACCUUCUUCAAUACCUUUUUAUAAUAUGGAGAUUAGAACUGUCUACAGUAUGCCAAAUGUGAUCUAACUAAGGUUCUAAGCACAUUUAACAUAACUACUUUGCUUUUUAUUUCUAGCUUUCUAGAAAUGGACACCACUGUUUAACUUGUGUUGCUAGUUUUAGCGAUUGCUGAAUCUGUACUCUCUGAUCCCCCAGUUCCUCUACCUUAUUCAGACACUUAUUUUUCAAGGCGAAUGUGACCUCCUUAUUCUUAUAUUAAAAUGUUCCCUCACACUAAUUUCAAUUGAAGUUCAUUUGUCAAUUACAUGCCCAUUCUGCAAGUUUACCAAUGUCUUCCUGUACUUUGUCCCAGUACUUGUCUUCAUUAAGUACACUAACCUAUUUGGUGUCAUCUAUAAAUUUUGAAAUGAUACUUCGAAUUCUGUGUACAAAUCAUUUAUGUAACUAUUGAACAACAUUUGCCCCAGCACUGAUCCCUAUCCAAUAAUCCACUUCUGACUGUCAACCCCUUCACUUGUUUUGUUUUGUAGUCGGAUUGCUACUUGUACACUGACUGCACAAGUUCUGAUCUUAGUCAUGAGCCUACUAUCUUAUCAAGGCCUUUUGGAAAACCAAACACAUUAUGCCUACUGCAUUAUCCUUAUCUACACCUUCUGCUAUUUCUUCAUUCAAUAAAGCUGGUCAAGCGUGACAUUCUCUUUGAAAGAAAAUGUACUCGAUAGAAAUGUUGUUUUCUAUCCGAAAGUGUAGAAUAAAAGUACAAGGAGGUAGUGUAAAGCUUGCACAAGAUCUUAGGCCAUAUUUAGAGUAUUGUGCCUACUUUUGUACUUACUUAAUAAAAUUAUUUUUUUUAAAUAGCAAUAGAAAGGAUCUUAAAUUCACUAGAAUGUAAGGUUACAGAUAUGGAGAGAGAUGCGAGAAGUUAACACUUUUCCAUUGAAGCUGAGAAGUUUCGAUGAAAAGGAUGAUCAAAUCAAGGUCUUCAAAAUACUGAAGAGAUAUGGCAAAGAUAAUGAUUAUUAUUCUUUCCAUUGCUCAGUGACAUGUUAACAGAGGGCACAAAUUUAAGUUAGUCACAAAAAGAGUUAAAAGGAAUCUAAGUUGGAAUACUAUUGUUGAAGCAAAGCCCAUAUAUUAUUCUAGAAGGGAAUUAGAUGCUUGAUGAAGAGGAACAUUAAAUGGAAUGGGAUGUGAGCAGGAAGUGGAGUUAGAUUAAGUUGCUCAUGCGAGAAAAGCCCAAGUGUGAGCUUGAUGAAUUGAUGUGCCUUUUUCUGUGCUGUAAUAGUGCGAUGAAUAGUAAUUCAGAGGAUGGAGCUUGAAGAUAUUUGGUAUAAGAACCCCCUCAGAGGAGUUAUUUUUAUAUGCAGCGACUUGUUAUGAUCUAGAAUGUACUGCCUGAAAGGGUGGUGGAAACUGAUUCCAUGAUAACUUUCAAAAAUAAAUUGGAUAUAUAUUUGAAAAUGAUAUUUUUUCAGGCCAAUAGGCAGUAACACUAAUUGGAUAGCUCUUGCAAUGCACCGACACAGACACAAUGGGUCAGAUAGAAUCUUACAGGUAAGGGGGCUAUCAUCAGGUGUGCAGUUAUAUAAUAUUGUACCCUUAGAAAAGGCAAGAGGUUAAUUUAAGAUCUACAUGUAUUCACAAUGUGUCUGGUUUCUGAGGAUGUCGCUAAAAUUACAGUAUCCUUUUUAAAAGAAAACGUUCAUAUAAGGUAAGAUAGAAAGAGGAUGAUUAAUCUUGAAAAUGUAUUAAGAUCUUCAGGGCCCAGGUUUAACAUUGCAAAUUCACAAAUAUUCUUAUACUGAUUAUCAUUGUGAUCCACAGCAACUAACUUGAUAACUGAUUUUGCUAUUGAGAGGCCUAUAUAAAUAACCAAUGUACCUCUGCACGCUGCAUUAUUUGAAAAGGAAUAUGAGAGGAAUUUAGCAGAAUCUUCAAGUCCUUGGCUUUGUUAGGUUUUUUUUGGCUGUUAUUGGCAUCCCUGUAAAUAUCAAGGCUUAAAUGUAGCAGGAAAGAGGCAUAAAAUAGUUGUGGAAUGAGAGUGAGUUUCGGAUACUUUUUCAAACUCUUCACCACUACUACCCCCCACAAACACUAGGUUGAGACCACAAGUGUGAAAAGUGAGUAUCUGCCUUGCAAUAUUGCAUAGAUUCAUGGCAGUGGUGUCAAGACAACUUCUCUCUAAAGCAAAGAUAGAAAUCUCCAAUAUAUCUAGGCAAUAAGUUCUUAGCAAAUUUUAAGGGUAAUUUAAAAAAUUUUGUGUGGUUGGCACAGAAAUUUAGCCUGUCAUUGGGACAGCUGACCCUCACAUCUGGAUUCCUAAUAAGUGUUCUCUUUUGGCAUAAAAUUUACCCCACAAUCUGUAGCUGCAAAACACAAAAUUAAUUUUAGUUUCAUUAUUCCUAUACAACCAAUUACCAUUGAAGAAGUAUAUGUCAAACUAGUACAAAAGUUGCUCUUGUAACCUAUGCUGUGGAUAGAUGAGCAAAUGCAUAAGUCACUCAGAUCAGAUUUGAUCAGCCAUCAUUGAAACUUAAGUGGAGGUGCAAUUCGUUUGAUGAAUUUUACAAUAUUGGGCAUGAAAUGCUGCAAAAUCCAAUUUAUAAAUUGUUGAAUGUACAGAAUGCACCUCUACAAUAAGAAGAAUAAAAUGCAUGAGAGCAUAAUUUGCAUUUCAGUUUUAUAAGGAAUGUACCCCAUUCAUAAAGAAACACCGACUUACCCUUUUCAUUAUGACAAGUUGAAUCACAAUGUCGCCCGUUCACAGUAAACCCUCCUCUUCCAUAAGGUGCAAUUUUCUGACUUUGCAUUUCAAUGGAGAAUUUUGACCACCAGAAAGCACAGACUGAAAAUUCAAAUUUGUGCUUUGCACAGUUUUCCAACAAUGUCAACUUUGGCUCAGUGAUAGCACUUCGCCCUUAAGCCAUACUCCAGAGACAUCAACACGUAAUUGAAGGGCUUCUGGUGGGCGGGGCUCCCUACUAGGCAUUCAAAAUGAAAAAAAUUCCCCCAUGGUGUAAUUAAUAUCAGUACACCUUAUCAUUCAAUGUAUUAAUAAAUCACAUUCUUGCUUUGCCCAGGUUUACCUACAAAGUAAAAUACCAGAAUUUUGUGUUGAGCUCCUGAGUUUUAUGGUGACAAUUGGUUACCUUUUACCUUGGUAAUGGAACUAAAUGAAAAUAUCAUUAAUUGAACUCAAAGUUUAAUUCAAAUUUGUAUUUUAGUUUACUCUUUGUAUAUGCAAUAACACGCCAAACGAAUGGUUUAAAUAAGCAUAAUAUAUGGUACUUUAAAAUUUGGAGCUAUCUGUAUGUAAGAUGGGAGGCACAGUAUGUUGUUAUUUAUUCACAAGAUGAAGCUUAUACUGAUUCUAAAAUGUAACUGACUGGAAAUCAAACUUGCACUGAAAUAUCUGCCAGAGCUGUAUUUUAAUUAUGCAAUAAGACUUACAUAUACUAACUUGAUGUAGUGUCAGUCAUCUACCCAACCUAUUUGAAAUGUAAUUGAAUGUGCCAAGUGCCAGGGUAAUUUGGUCAUUAAUUCUUCCAGCAUACAUCAAAUAUUUAGUUAAGUUUUUUUAAUGGGUUAAUGCAUAAAAUUAAAGUCUAAAUUAACCUCAGCCAUGAUUCUGCUAUCAGUGUACUUUAAAACUAGUAAACCAGAGCUCUCCAGUAGAUACUUCUGGGGGAUUUAAUACCACUGUAAGCUUACAAAUCACUUUUUAAAUAAUCUCAGAUGUUAGUGUUUUGUAUUAACAUUGUCCAUUGGUGCACUUUCAGUGUCACUCCAUAAAUGUAGAAUUAUUACAGUGCAUGAAUAUUGUUAAAUGUACCUAGGUUGAAUCAUUUAGGAUUAUUUAUUCUGCUUUUUGUAGGCUUUAUUUUGUUUCUAGCUUCCCGUACUCCAAAAUUGCCCAAAAUAGGUUUUGCAGUGGAAUAGUUUAUGUUUUCUGUGAGAGACACUAUUUUGAUGCAUUCUGUGCCUUAUUUUACUUUGACCAAUGAGCAAUACAGAACAAUAUCUUCGUAUAAUAACAUACUAAGAAAUGCUUUCAGAAGAACACGGAAAAGUCAUCUCGCAGAUAUUUCUCAAUUAAAAGCUAAAAUCUCAAAAAUAACCAAUUUAAACUUGAUUUAUUUACUUAAUUUACUGCAAGGUACUGGAAUAUGUCAAAGUAUGUUUUUUAUGAGCUUUCCCUAAAGUAUUAAUGGAAGUAUUAAAGUAAUGUUAAUAAUCAUCUCCCUCACUUAAUUUGUUUUUCACUUGCUAUGAUUAUAUUUGUUGCACAUGUAACAUUGACAUUAAUAGAAUCAGAUACUGGUAUCUUUAUUUGUGUACACAGUGAACUGAACUAGGGUGAAAACUCAGACUAGAGUAUUGCAAUGUUUUUUGGUAACAAACCUACUUAAAUAAUCACGAUCAUUUGUUAAAUAGAUCAUAAAAUUAUUGUUGAAAUGUAUGCAAACAGUACAAUCAGUUUUGUUUACUUGUAAGAAUGGCUAAUUUAGCACACUUGCCUUUCUUGUUCGUAAGAUAAGAACAAUAACCACUUUUUGUUUGUCAAACAUAAUACUUAUGACACUGGAAUAUCAUAUAUUUUUGUUCAAAGUGUUAAAUUAUCUGUUUUGGUUAUUCCAUUAUAUUGUACACUAAAUUUUUAAAUACUGUUGUGUAUCUAAUUGAUUCUAUUUUAAUUUCUUGUUUUGGUGAUAAGCACAUUUUGUGCCACAGUAGUUUUCCUUUAUCCUCAUUGGGGAUUUUUAAACUAUUGUCAAACAUUAAAAUUCAAAAUAAUUGUUAAUAUUUUUUUAAAAUCUGUAUGAGCAUCUUAACUCACUACUCUGAAUAAUCAUUAAAUUGUAAAUUGGUGUUAAUAUUUUCAACAUUUAAAUUAUUAAGAUACUUAGUAACUUUCCUGAAUGAAUGUAAUAAAACAAAGAAUUGUUUUAUUUUUGUAGUUGCACUUAAAGGUUAAUGUUAAUAUUAGUAAUUGUACUUAUUUUGGUUCUGGAGUUGUUGGGAAACACGCUUCAGCGUGAUCUGAUUUUCAAUCCUAGACAUUUUUGGUUUGUGUAAUAAAAAUGUCAGUAUGAUGCAAUUGUUACAAUUAAUCGGUACAAUAAAUAAAGUAUUGUUUGUUUACUCCUUUAA